AAUAUGCGUUAUAAAUAAUAGGCAUUUUUCAGUCUUGAAGACGCAACAAAAAAAAGUGUCAAGAGGAAGUGGAAUGGCUCUCAUUAUGAAUCUCGUACUUCUCUUAUUCUCGUUAGCUUUGGUUCGUUCCGAUCAAAGCACGGUGCCUCUCAGAUCCUUUAAGAUAGGUGAAAAUAUAACAUACGAUUGUAUAGAUAUUUAUAAGCAAUCAGGACUUAAUCAUCCUUUGCUUAAAAACCAUACGAUCCAAGUAGGUCAAAUUGGCAACAACAAAACACACGAAAAGAAAAGAAAAUGUCCUCAUGGAACCGUUCCUGUAUUGAGAAAUACAAAAGAGUUCAUCAUCAACGCUCAACUUUCUGCCAAGAAAUAUUUUCAUCUAUUAACAGCCGAUAGUCCUGGAACACAUAUCGCCGGAGUAAGGUCGUUUAAUGGUCCAUAUCAUGGUGUAGCAGCUUGGUUUAAUGGAUUUAACUUAAACAUCGAACAAGAUCAAGCAUCAUAUAGUCAAAUAUAUAUAGGCAGUGGGCUGAAUAAUGAAGUCAAUUUUAUUUCAACGGGAUUGAUGGGUAAAGAUGGAUUAGGAUGUUACAAUACCGCGUGUCCAAGAUUUGUUCAAGUAUCACAAGUAGUUCCUAUAGUUGAACCCCAUGAUCUUAAGCCGGGAGAGCUUUUUUAUGCGCAUCCUUCAAUCCAUCAGAUAUCUUCUUUAUUCGUAUGGUAUUCACACGUACUAGUAGCGAAGGAUAAAAAUACAGGAAAUUGGUGGAUAACACAACUGCAGACAGAUGCAGAUAUAGAUGUACCCAAUGUAGAUAUUGGAUAUUGGCCAAAAGAGCUAUUUAAUCUAUUUAGCAAUGGUGUAAAUAUGGCUGGAGUAAGAGGUGUGGUUCAGGCUUCACAUUCUGGUUCAAGCCCUCCAAUGGGUAAUGGUAAAUUUCCGGGUAAAGAUGAAGCGGAUUCAGCAAAAGGGCGCAGAGAUUCAUCAAUAAUUACGAAUGUUGAAGUCUUCAAAUUUAACUAUAAGCCAAGUAAAAUAGAUUCUAUAGAAUACUUGGUAGAUAGUAAAAAUUGUUAUUGGCUAAGAAUUGGUGUGGUAAAAAUAUUUCACAAAUCUGAACUCGGGUUUUUCUUCAAUUAUGGUGGUCCUGGAGGAAAUUCUUGUGGAGUU